UCAUUGAACAAACAUGAGAAGCCUACCCUGGCCGUGAGGGCCUGGUGGUAUUACCACUGACUGUAGUGUUUGUGGGCUCAUUUCUUGUUGGCCGCCAUGUUGGUUGUAGGAGGAGUGAGGCUUGUUGCUCGAAGUCCAGCAAAGCCAGUGGUUGGUUUGGCAGUAGUUGCUCAGAGAAAACUAAGUUACCUGCCUAAACAAGGAACAGGAGGAAGAUCAUCUUUCAGUGGAGUUUCAGCAACUGUUUUUGGUUCCACUGGAUUCCUCGGAAGAUAUGUAGUGAACAGACUUAGCAGAAUAGGCACCCAGCUAACUGUGCCGUACAGGGGAGAUCCACAUGAUGUCAGACAUGUGCGACUCAUGGGUGACCUAGGACAAAUUAGUUUCUUUGAUUACAGCCUUAAUGACGCUGAAUCAGUUAAAAAAAUGGUGAAGUAUUCUAGUGUAGUCAUUAACCUGAUUGGAAAGGACUUUGAAACAAGGAACUUUGACUUUAAUGAUGUUCAUGUGGAUGGAGCCAGGUUAAUUGCUAGAGCAGCAAAAAAUGCUGGUGUUGAGAGGUUGAUACAUGUAUCAGCACUUAAUGCUGAUGUAAACAGUCCAUCAAAGUUCCUUCAAUCUAAGGCAUUGGGUGAAAUAGCUGUCAGAGAGGAGUUUCCUUCUGCUACUAUUCUACGUCCUGGAACUGUGUUUGGUCAUGAAGACAAGUUUCUUAACUACUAUGCAUACCUGAGAAACCUUCCUUUAGGAAUCCCUCUUAUCGAUGGUGGAAUGAAUACAACAAAAAUGCCAGUCUAUGUUGCUGAUAUUGCUCAAUCAGUUGUUAAUUCAGUCAAUGAUGUGACCAGCGAGGGGAAGACAUAUGAAUUAGUAGGACCCAAUGAAUAUUAUCUGGCUGACAUUGUAGAUUACAUCUACCGUAUCAUGAGGUGUAACUAUAGACAUUACUCCAUGCCAAGAAAACCCUAUGAGUUAAUUGCUUGGUUGAUGGAGUGGUCUAUCUUUGACCCUCGGCUUACAAGAGACAUUUUAUGCAGGCAAUUUCUAUCAGAUACAUUAACACAAGGAUGUCCUGGCUUAGAAGAUCUUGGUGUAAAAGCAACACCUCUAGAGGCUGAAGCAAUAGCUGUACUCAGAAGACAUCGUAUCGCUUCAUACUAUGAAGAAGCUAUGGAUGAAGAUGAGAUUUGUAGGCCAACAAGCUCAUAUAAUUAACAAUUCCUAAAAAAAUUAUUGUUUAUCGUUGACCCCCAAUUGUGUUACUUCUUGGUAAGUCUUACUUCAAAUUGACAAAACUUAUAUUUUUCAAAAUUACUGGUAGCAACAUCUUGUCUUAAUUUUUUCCCUUCCUUUGUAAAUAUAUAUAGUGUUUUUCUUAUUCUUUCCAAUCUUGAUCUCAGUAUUAAUUUGUGGAAGCAAUAAACUUAAUUGUGAAAGUAGA